AUGACUCAGAAGCGUCUAUUGGAUGAGGAAAUUCAGACCACACAACAACAGGAACACCCGAAAACGAAGAGACAAAAGCAACCUGUAUCAAUACAGGAUGAAGAAGUGCAGUCUCUUAUGAAGACUAUCAACAGGAAGAAACUAGAUUUUGAUUCUGAAAAGAUAUGUUCCGUAACUCUAUCGAAGUUGGAUAUAUACGGAUGUCUGAUAUGUGGGAAGUACUAUAGAGGUUGUAAAGAACGUACCCCAGCAUUUCUACAUUCAGUCAGUGAUGAUCAUCGUCUAUUUGUAAGUUUUCAGACCUCUCGAGUGGUGGUAUUGCCCGAUGAAAUAGACAUUGAUCUUAACACAAUGCAUUUAGGGGACGUCAAUAAGAGAUUAAUUCAUGAUAUUAAAUAUUCAGUAAACCCGGUAUAUACUUCGGAUAUUAUACAAAGAUCCCCAUAUGUAUGCUUCGAAUCAACUCAAGGUCAGUCAUAUUACAAUGGUAUUGUUGGGUUAAACAAAUCUACUUCAAAUAAUAUUGCAUACAUUAACGUGGUGAUACAAUUAUUGGCCCAUAUUGGCCCUAUACGAGAUUAUUUCUUGUUAUGUUAUAAUAAGAACCUCACCAAUGAGAAUGGGUUGAUUAAAAAUGUUGCUUUGAUAAUGAAAAAAAUUUGGUCUCCUCACUUAUUUAAAUUGAAUAUAGGACCAGAUGAAUUGAUAUCGUAUCUAAUGGUGAAUCAUUCGAAUGUUAUUAAAGCAAACAACAAUUUGGAUCCUCAAAUAUUUUUGAAUUGGUUGAUAAAUACAUUGUGCCAAUCUGAUAAACAGUUGAGAAAAAUAUUGACCAAAGCAUGUCAGGGGAAAUUAAAAGUAUCUACAAAGGGUAAUAAGAUUAAAGUUGUUCCAUUUUGGAAUUUGACGUUGAUUUUACCUGAAAUAUCUAUGUUUAAAGAGAGCAAAAACGUUGACGAUAUAAAGCAGAUUAAACUUGAAAAAUUGAUAAUGGAAAAAUUUUCAAUGGAAUCUACUGAUAAUGGUAAACUUUAUUUGAUUAAAGAAAAUUUACCUCAAUAUCUUUUCCUUUAUAUUAGUCGAUUUAAUAAAUCAAAGAACUUGAAUGAUUCUGAGUUUUAUGUUAGAAAUAGAAAUCAAACUAUAGUAAAUUUUGAUGAAAGGUUGAGUCUACCUCUUACAAACGACAAAGGUUCCAAAAUUCAAUACAAAUUAAUUUCAAACAUUGUACAUGAUCCUGAAAAGAAUUUGUAUGAUAUUGAAAAAGAUUAUACUAGUAAUUGGAAAAUUCAAUUGCCUAAUAAUCAAACAAAGGAUUGGGUCGAGAUAGAUAAUACAAGGACUACGGUUAGGAAUUUUAAUUUGUUGUUCUUAGAUGAAACAUGUAUUCAAGUAUGGGAGAAAAUUGUGGAUUAA